CUGGGUUUCCCAUAUACCAUAUCGAUCUGCCCAGUAGUCGUGUCCGAGUGCGCGUGCCAAGUGGAGCUACUAUUUUUGCUAAUUGUUGCUGCUAACUUCCCAACCCCCCAGUCCCAGGAGGGUUCAGUGCUUUUUUUCAAGAUCGCUCACUGCCAGCGCCACUCCAACAUCAUCGUGUUUCCCCCCCGUAUCGCAUUCUCUCUCUUUCCUUGUUUAUCUUUCCUUCUUCAUCCCGCGGUGUUCGUGUCGCGUCGUAAACAUAACUCAAAGCUCUGGUUUAGUCAGAGGAGUGCGGAAACAGCAAAAUAAAAAAGGCCUUUUCGGGAACGUCAGCCAGUUGCCGGCUAUACGCGACUCACGUCGGAGGGUUCUUCUGCCUCAAAAAUUCAUCUCUACAAUAAAAAACAGAACAAACAAAAAAUAUGCUUUUCGAUGACUUCUGCAAGAGCUUCAACAAGGAACUGCAGCGAGAGAAUUUUGGAUUUGCCUACAAACGCGUUCAUUUGUUCUACCGAUCGCAGUGGCAAAAGGAUGACACGAAUGCACUCUACUUGCUAUAUCGAUGGAUAUGGGCAUUGUUCUUUCUGGGAGUCUACAUCAUGUGCAUUAUCGUGCAGUAUUGCGAUGGCAAGUUCUUCAUUUACAUGACCAAUUGGGGCUAUGGUUUGUGCACCAUUACCAUGCUCAUAGCAGCAGUGCAGGUCACCUGCUGGCACUUUGAUCUAAGGAAUACCCGCAGUCUGGUGCAGGAAUCGGGUAACAAAACGGAGACCACGAGAGGCCUAAAGAUCUACUGGUGGUUGUACAAUAUGACCAUAUCGCUGGCGUUGAUCAUAUCCACCGUGUACUGGGUCUUUCUGCAUGGCAAAAUGAAUAAGCCCAUGCGUUUUCCGGCCAUUAGCGUUAUUACCCACGGACUGAAUACGGUGAUGAUGCUGAUCGAUUUCCUGAUUGUGGCAUUUCCGCUCAGACUGCUGCACAUGGUCUACAGCAUGGCUUUGGCGAUUAUGUUCUUUGUCUUUACCCUCAUCUAUCAUUUUUGUGGGGGCACAGAUGAAUUUGGCAAUCCCUAUGUGUAUCCCAUAUUGGAUUGGAACAAUCCCACACGCUGUCUGGUGACAUUUGUGGGCAUCUUUGUGCUGAUCAUGUGCUACUGGCUGCUGCUCUUUGGUCUCCACAAGCUGAAGAGAAUGUUUAAUAGGGCAUUCAGUGUGGUGUGGACACCGCAUGCUGUGGGUCUCAUCUGAGUACCGUCAUAACUUUAACAAUCUCUAAGAAUCACCAGCAUUAUGAAACCUCAAGCACACCCCUCACUCACUCACUCAUAUGUAUCUAUGGCGAGCUGCACUCUUACACAUUCGCAUGCAUUUAUUUAUACAUAAAAUAUACAUAUAUCUAGUAUUUGAUACAAUAAGUUUUAAUCAUUUGGUUCCUUAAUGUCGAAGCUACAUACAUACAUACACAGCACACACGCAUACACCCAUUGUGUUAUAUCAUAUCAAUUGGUUUAGUUAGGCUAGUUAAUAAGCAAAGAUCUUGUUACUAUAUGAAUGACAUAAAUAGUAGAUAUUUAGUUAUGAAAUUUGUUGA